AUGGGUCCGCCCACCACUGCGGACCGCUAUGCUCAACCAGGAACCCCCGUCCGAAGCGACUCGGUACGGCAUUCUAUGACCAGGUCGUAUCUACCAGGCUUUCAGCAGCAGUACGGCUAUCCCGAAGCUCAGCAGUACGGCAGCGGCUCGAUACACGAUGGCAGUCCGAUGCAAGGCGUCGAGAUGCAGUACUCGCCCUCGGCGGCGUAUAUGCAAAGCGCCCGUCAGUCGGUCGGACAAGCUCAGGCUCAGCAGUAUGGCGGCUAUCAGCAGUCGCCGAUGUUGGGAAGUAAUACACAGCAGGCUAUGUACGAGUCGUUGCCGCAGCCUUAUCAGCAGCAACAAUCAAGGCAGUCUGCUGCUAUCGAAGUGAUGAGUUCGCAACUCGGAGCACUUCCCGGUCAGUACGAUCCGCAGACCAGCUUGUACACUCAACAACAACAGCAGGCUCAACAACACCCUCAGUACUCAUCCGCAGCCCGGCAAUCUCUUGUCUCGCACCAACAGCAGCCUUAUGCGUCCUCAUCCUCGAGCGACUACCCAUCGCUCCACGACGCAACUCUGCCCUCCAGUCAACAAGCACAACAACCAAUUCCAACUUCUCAACCACAAAGCGGCCCGCCACAGCCCUCAGCGGCCGAAGCCGCCGCCCUAGCUCAAGGUCUUCAGGAUUACCAGACCUCCAUUAACACAGUCCUUCAAGUCAUCAUCUCUGCCAACUCAGCCUCCAGCAGCUCGACUUUGGUCAGUGCUGCGGACAGAUUACUGGCUGCCACGCGCUGGCUCGUCACUCACGUCCAGCCGCUCAACCUACACCACGAUGUCGAUCGCCUCGAGCAGUACACCGAGCGUCUCACCAUGUGGACUCGUCUGAACCUUGCGUGGGAAGGGCUGGCGGAAGCGAUCCGCACGCGAGCUAUGUACGUCUCGGCUACCUCCUACACAAGAUCGAGAGCGGGUGGAUCGAGCAGCGAUAUCGGAUUCACCGCAGAGCGUGUGCGAAACCUCAUCGAGGAAGUCGUGAGCUUCUGCAAUGAUUUAGAGGGUUUCGGGCUCGUGGACUACGAAUUGGGCCUGGCGGAAGAGCUGAUCGUGGCUGGAUUGAUGGGAGUGCUGGAUUUGGUCGAGGCUUGGGAGGACGAUGAUGGGGCUGAAGCAAUGCAACGUCAAGUCAGUGCUUCUGGUGCUGCACCGACGAGGAGGCGCACGGACACGGCGAUGUCAGGAAUCCAGUCGUCUACGACUACGGCGGUGGGCAUGGCGAGGAGUGGCGCUUGA